AUGACAACUACGACUGAACAAUUGGAGACGGUUGAAAUCACCAAACUAAACGCCAUUGCCGCUGGUACCAAUAAAAAGGUGCCUAGAAUUGUGGCUGCUGGAUUAGGUGGCAAAUUAAUGGGUACUGCCGAUUUAGUUAAAGUUACUGCUGAAGAAAUCACUCAAGAUUCGAUGGAAUCUUUAGCUGAAAAAGAUGCUAGAGAAAAAGCCAAAUAUGCUCACAAGAAACAUAUUUCAGAAGAACCUUGGACUACCAAGAAUUUUUCUCAAAAGAUUAAUUGGCUUAAUCUUAUAUUAGUUGCUGGUGUUCCAGCAAUUGGUAUGGGUGCUGCCCUCACAAUUACCCCCCAAGUUAAGACGUUGGUAUUGGCAUUUGUCUUGUAUGUAUUUAGUGGUAUUUCCAUCACUGCCGGCUAUCAUCGUUUAUAUGCUCACAAGUCAUAUGAUGCUGCCUUACCCGUGAGAAUGUUUUUUGCCUUUUUCGGUGCUGGUGCCAUUGAAGGUUCAAUUAAGUGGUGGGGACAUUCUCAUAGAGUUCAUCAUAGGUAUACCGAUACUCCAAGAGAUCCUUAUGAUGCUAGAAGAGGUUUCUGGUAUUCCCACAUGGGAUGGAUGUUGCAAAAAGCUAAUCCUAAAAACAGAGCUAGAGCUGAUAUUUCUGAUUUAGUUGCUGAUAAAGUUGUUGUUUUCCAACACAAACAUUAUUUACUUUUGAUGGUUUUUUCAGCGUUUAUCUUGCCAACUUUAGUUGCUGGUUAUUUCUGGGGUGAUUAUUGGGGUGGAUUCAUCUAUGGGGGUGUAUUCAAAUCAUUCUUUAUUCAACAAGCUACCUUCUGUGUUAAUUCACUAGCUCAUUGGAUUGGUACUCAACCAUUUGAUGAUAGAAGAACUCCAAGAGAUCACGUGUUAACCGCAUUUGUCACUUUCGGUGAAGGAUAUCACAAUUUCCAUCAUGAAUUUCCAAGUGAUUACAGAAACGCCUUGAAAUGGUACCAAUAUGAUCCAACAAAGAUGGUCAUUUAUGCAUUAUCACAAUUGGGCUUAGCUUGGAACUUGAAAAAAUUUUCUCAAAAUGCAAUUGAACAAGGUCUUUUACAACAACAACAAAAGAAGUUGGAUAGACAAAGACAAAAAUUGAAUUGGGGAUCAAGUGUCGAAGAAUUACCUGUAUGGACAAGAGAGGAGUUCAACCAACGUGCCAAGAAAGAAGGUUUGAUUAUAAUAAGUGGUAUUAUUCACAAUGUCAAGAACUUUAUCAAGGAACAUCCUGGUGGACAAGCUCUAAUUAGAGCUACUUUGGGUAAAGAUGCGACCGAUGCUUUUAGUGGUGCUGUUUAUCGUCAUUCAAAUGCUGCUCAUAAUAUCUUGGCUACUAUGAGAGUUGCUGUUGUUAAGGAUGUUUCUGUCAAUGCUAACACUUUUGAUGCCCAAGAACAGUAUAUGGAAAAGGAGAAACAAAACUGA